AUGGGGAAGAUCAGUCGAACUGAGAAGAACUACCGGUUCGGAUGGCAAGUGAUCGCGAAUCUCGCCAAGCUAACACCUUUGCUCUACUCGAAACUUCGUUACACGCUUUGCUUCACCGUCCUGACACUUGCGACCGCUAUUUCAAAUGAAAUAAUGGCCCAAAAAUCUGGUACUUUGAUGGGUCGAUUCUACAAGAACUUGCUUCAAAAGGAUGAAUCCGCAUUCUGGCACACUUUCACGUUAGCCACACUCAUAUGCGUAGGACAAUGUUUGUUACUCGGUGGUAUCGCGUUCUUUUCAUGGAGUUUAUACCUUUGCUUCCGUCCAAAUUUGGUUAAAUCACUUCAUGACCUCUACUUUAGUAACAAUCUUUACUAUACUCUGAACAGUGUAGACGACAAAGGGAUCGACAAUCCAGAUCAACGUAUAACUCAGGAUGUAGAGAAAUUAUGCAGAUUAUUGGCAACCAAGAUAACACCAUCGCUAUUGGUAGCACCUUUUGUGAUUGGAUACUAUACAUUCAAAACCUGGCAAACAGCCGGUGGAUUUGGUGUUGGCAUAAUUUACGGGUAUUUUGUGGUCGGAGCUAUACUUAAUCGAAUCAUGAUCUCACCAGUCACAAAAUGGGCAGCUAAGGUAGAAAAAGCGGAAGGUGAUUUUCGAUUUAAGCACGUUUCAAUACGAAACUAUGCCGAAGAAAGUGCUUUUUAUCGAGCAGCAGAUUUUGAGAAAGCGUCUUGUGAUGAAGCAUUUUCUGUGCUUUGGAACAGGCAGCUGAGAUUUGUUCUCUGGCAGUUUCCUACCCAAGUUUUCCAGUAUUUUUUCAACUACUAUGGCGGAGUGUUAUCCUACGCUAUUCAAAUCUUUCCAAUCUUUAUCUUCAAAACUUAUGCGGAUCUUGACGACGCCUCGCUAGGCGAGAAAAUCAGCAAUAACGCUUUCUACUACAUUUACUUGAUCAACAGUUUCACGCGUCUCACUGACCUGGCUUUGAGCAUCGGAGAACUCGGAGGUUAUGUGCUGAGAGUUUCUGAAAUUGUGAACUGCACAACUGAGAAAGAUGGUCUCGACAAUGAAGGAUUCACAGAAUUCGACGACAACGACAAUACUCAGGAUGAUUUCCUAUUCGAUAAUGACAGCGCGGGAUUUGAUCUGUCAUUCAGCGUGCGAGGACUAUCCUACGGAAAGCCCUGUGACGAUGAUGAUAUCCUCGUGUCUGAUGAGUAUUCAUACUUGACUGUAGACGUUCCUGUCAAUAAAAACCUGAUCAUAACGGGACCUAGUGGAGCUGGAAAGUCGUCACUUCUACGAGUACUCGCGAAUUUGUGGCCCAGCAAAGCAGGAACGAUUCGCCGUUGUCUGCCUGAAAGUGCCUAUUUCUUCCUACCGCAAAGGCCUUAUCUCCCUGUGGGGCGUCUUUGUUUACGAAAACAAAUGUGCUUCCCACACACUUCAGCGUACACGAUAGAUGAUGAGAAGGAUGCAGAGUCAAGGAGAUUAGUGCAAAUUCUUUGCGAUCUGCGGUUAACUUCACUAAUCGAAACCUGCGGCGGUUUAGACAUGGAUGUUGACUUCGAGUGGCAGGACACCCUCUCUCCUGGUGAACAACAACGUCUUUCAUUCGCCAGGGUAUUGUUUCACAGUCCAAAAGUAGCGGUAUUGGAUGAAGCUACAAGCAGCAUCGAUGUCGAAGAUGAAAGGAAUUUAUAUGAGCUCCUUAAAGAGAACAAGAUAUCUUACAUAUCGACAGGACAUCGCGAAACACUUCCUCACUUCCAUGACAUUGAAUUGAAGUUAGGAAGAUACUUUUCCUCCACAGCCCUGUGUGCGCAUGGACAACCGCCUGCUCUGUCGUCCCCCGAAGAACGAUCCGACACGGAAUUAACUUUGAUGGGCAGAAUGUAA